AUGGAUGAAGAAUUUGAAGAUUCUCUCUCCUUAUGCGAUCUUCCACUCCACCAAGAAACUGAAACCAAUACUUUUCCUGAUCAAGAGCUGCCCAACUGUCCUUCAAACCAAGAUUUAUUUGAGUUCUCCUUAACUCCGAACUCAAAAAUAGACCCAACACUGCAUAACGUCAUCUUCUGUGGAAAAAAUAUGUCCUGCAAAAUGGAAGAACCCACUAAUGCUUUAUAUGAUGAAGGAAACUCUCUAUUCCCUUCAAAUUCAACUCAGCUGCUAAGCAAAAGCUGCCGUUCAAACUCAUUUCAUAUGCAGACCUUAAAACCUUCUCCACCGACACGUUUAACUAGGAGUUUCCGCUACCAGUCGGGUAAUUCAAGGAAGCACAAAUUCAUGAUAGGAUUGGCAAGAAUCCCACCAGAAAUGGAGCUUAGCGAUAUUAGAAAGAGACAACGCCGACAGGCCCCAAUAUCAAUGUUUCCAGCAAAGGUGCCCAGUGAUGAAACACCAGUUGCCACCAGCAAUGAAGGUGACAGGAAGGUUAAUCAGUGUCUGCUCAAGCCACUGAAAUGCAGAUCAUAUCUUAAGAGGGGGUUGUCUAAGGUUCAUCUUGGAUGUAUGCAACUUAAGUGAGAACUGAGGUCUAGACUUGGUCAUUUGGGUGGGGAAGGAAUAAGAAAAAGAAAUGACAGAUCUGUAAUUAUUUUUGUAGCACCUAGCAUGACACUCGGAUUGAAACCAGAUGAUCUAUUUUGUAUAAUACUCUAAAAAAACUCCUAAAAAUAAUUUAAAAA